CGGGUGAAUCAUUGCGCCCGUUUUGCGUCAGCCCAUAAGAGCGAGCGGUGUAGUGAUGAACCCGAAGCCGGGGAGGUGUUCAGGGAAAGCGGAGGCACUCACACGCAGCUCUCGAACAUGAACCGCUUCUGCAGCGUGGAUUCCUCCGACCCCGUAUGGGACUGGAACCGCACAUGGCGCGCUCAAAACCCGGACGUGACGCCGUGUUUUCAGAACACCGUCCUCAUCUGGAUCCCAUGCUUCUACCUCUGGCUGUUCGCACCUUUUUACUUCCUGUACCUCAAAAGCCACAAUCGCGGCUACAUCUGCAUGAGCCGCCUGAAUAAAGCCAAAACCGUCACUGGGUUACUGCUGUGGAUUAUCUGCUGGUCAGAUGUUUUCUACUCUUUCUGGGAAAGAGGUCACAGGGUCGCGGUCGCACCUGUUUACCUGGUCAGUCCCACGCUGCUCGGCAUCACCAUGUUGCUGGCUACGUUUUUCAUCCAGUACGAGCGGAUGAAGGGCGUCCAGUCCUCCGGGGUGAUGCUGAACUUCUGGCUCGUCGCUUUAGUCUGCGCUACGGUCACGUUUCGCUCCAAAAUCCUGCAGGCACUCGAUGAGCCUGCCGCUAUCAACAUCUUCAGGUACACUACAUUCUACAUUUACUACGCUCUGCUAUUAAUCUCCCUCAUUCUGUCCUGCAUCUCUGACCGGCUGCCGCUCUUCUCCCCGGCCGUCAAAGACCCGAAUCCGUGUCCAGAAGCAGGAGCGAGCUUUCUGUCCAGAAUCAGCUUCUGGUGGAUCACAGGGUUGAUGAUGCGCGGCUACAAAAAGCCCCUAGAAGAGAAAGAUCUAUGGUCCCUAAAUCCAGACGACGAGUCUCAGACGGUCGUGCCGCAGCUGGUAUGUCGCUGGAACCACGAAUGCAACAAGGUCAAAAGGCCCGAAGACACGGCCGUGUACUCUCCUAAACGCUCGACCAAGGCCGAGAACAAAGACGGGCAGCCGAUCGAAGAGUCGGAGAUCUUAAUCUCGAAAGCUCCUCAGAAGACGCGCGAGCCGUCGCUCUUCCUCGCCCUGUGCCGCACCUUCGGGCCGUACUUCCUCAUCAGCUUCGUCUACAAGAUCAUCCACGACAUCCUGAUGUUCGCAGGGCCAGAAAUCCUCAGGCUGUUGAUCCAGUUUGUGAAGGACUCCAGCGCCCCCUCCUGGCACGGCUACUUCUACACGGCUCUGCUGUUCGUGUGCACCUGCGUCCAGACGCUCGUCCUGCAGAGAUACUUCCACGUGUGUUUCGUGUCGGGAAUGAGGCUGCGUACCGCCAUCGUCGGCGCCGUGUACAGGAAGGCGCUGGUGAUUACGAACGCCGCUCGCCGCACGUCUACCGUGGGAGAAAUCGUGAACCUCAUGUCUGUAGACGCACAGCGCUUCAUGGACUUGAUCACGUACAUCAACAUGAUCUGGUCCGCGCCUCUUCAGGUCGUCCUGGCGCUGUACUUCCUGUGGCAGAAUCUGGGUCCGUCAGUGCUGGCCGGCGUUGCUGUGAUGGUGCUGAUGGUUCCAGUAAACGCAGUUAUAGCCAUGAAAACCAAAACCUACCAGGUUGCACAGAUGAAGAGCAAAGACAGCAGGAUAAAGCUGAUGAACGAGGUUCUGAACGGCAUCAAGGUGCUGAAGCUGUACGCGUGGGAGCUGGCCUUCAAGGACAAAGUGUCUCAGAUCAGAGAGAGCGAACUGCGCGUGCUAAAGAAGGCCGCUUACCUCGCCGCCGUUUCCACCUUCACCUGGGUCUGCGCCCCCUUCCUGGUGGCGCUGUCGACGUUCGCCGUGUACGUGCUUGUGGACGAGAACAACAUUCUGGACGCGCAGAAGGCCUUCGUGUCCCUUGCUCUCUUCAACAUCCUGCGUUUUCCUCUCAACAUGCUCCCCAUGGUCAUCAGCAGCAUGGUGCAGGCAAGUGUCUCACUGAAACGUCUGCGUGUGUUUCUUUCCCAUGAGGAACUGGAAGAGGACAGUGUCGAUCGCAGAGCAGAUACUGGCGCGCCUGAGAGUGUCCGGAUCGUGGACGGAACGUUCAGCUGGUCUAAAGACGACCCUCCUGCUUUAAAGAGGAUUAAUGUGUGUAUUCCUGAAGGAGCGCUCGUUGCUGUAGUAGGUCAGGUGGGUUCGGGAAAAUCCUCGCUGCUCUCGGCUCUCCUGGGAGAAAUGCACAAACAGGAGGGCUUCGUUUCGGUCAAGGGUUCGGUGGCGUACGUGCCCCAGCAGGCGUGGAUCCAGAACGCCACGCUGAGGGAGAACAUCGUGUUCGGGCAGCAGACGAAGGAAAGCUACUAUCGGAGAGUGCUGGAGGCCUGCGCUCUCCUCCCAGACCUGGAGAUCCUUCCCGGAGGAGACGACACCGAGAUCGGAGAGAAGGGAGUGAAUUUAUCUGGAGGUCAGAAGCAGCGCGUCAGCUUGGCCCGAGCGGUGUACUGCGGGUGCGCGGUGUAUCUGCUGGAUGAUCCGCUGUCGGCCGUCGACGCUCACGUGGGGAAACACAUAUUCGAGAAGGUCAUCGGCCCUCAGGGUCUGCUACAGGGACACACGCGUGUGCUGGUGACCCACGGGCUCAGCUUCCUGCCGCAGGUCGACCUCAUCCUGGUGAUGGAGGACGGACAGAUCAGGGAAGCGGGCUCGUACACGGAGCUGCUCGGCCGAAACGCCGCCUUCGCCGAAUUCCUGCGCUCUCACACCAACACCGAGCAGGAAGAGGAGAGCGAGGGGGUCGGAGAUACGGCUGCACAGAAAACGCUGGAAAACGGAGGGCCGGCGGCUCUGCUGAGACAGAGCCAGGUUUCCUUAAACGCUGCAGGAGCAGUGAAGCAGAAAACGGAGAGCAAUGACGUCAAAGAGCAGAAAACCAAAUCUACAGACGCGGCCAAACUGACUGAGGCAGAUAAAGCCAAGACGGGCAGAGUGAAGCUCGCCGUGUUCUGGGAGUACAUGAAAGCCAUCGGAGUGUGUCUGUCCGUCUUCAGCAUCCUCCUUUUCCUCGCUCAUCACGUAGCAUCUCUGGGGUCCAAUUACUGGCUCAGCUUAUGGACGGACGAUCCGGUCAUUAACGGGACUCAGCCCAACAGAGACAUGCGGCUGGGAGUGUACGGAGCUCUGGGAAUCUCGCAAGGCAUCGCCGUGUUCUGUUACUCCAUCUCCGUGUCUGUCGGUGGGAUCCUGGCGUCUCGCUACCUCCACGAGACCAUGCUGUAUAACGUCCUGCGCUCGCCCAUGUCGUUUUUCGAGCGCACCCCCAGCGGGAACCUGGUCAACCGCUUCUCCAAGGAGACGGACACCAUCGACUCGGUGAUCCCCAGCAUCAUCAAGAUGUUCAUGGGCUCCCUGUUUAACGUGCUGGGAUCCUGCGCCGUCAUCCUCAUCGCCACUCCACUCGUAGCCAUCAUCAUCCUUCCUCUGGGGCUCUUCUACUUCUUCGUGCAGCGCUUCUACGUGGCCUCGUCUCGGCAGCUGAAGCGUCUGGAGUCAGUGAGCCGCUCUCCGGUGUACACUCACUUCAGCGAGACCCUGCUGGGUACGAGCGUGAUCCGCGCCUUCGGAGUGCAGAAGCGCUUCAUCGGAGAGAGCGACAGACGAGUGGAUCACAACCAGAAAGCGUACUUCCCUAGCAUCGUGGCUAACAGGUGGUUAGCAGUGAGGCUCGAGUUUGUGGGGAACUGCAUUGUGAUGUUUGCUGCAUUGUUUGCUGUGAUGGCCAGAGACAGUCUGAGUCCAGGCAUCAUGGGACUUUCCAUCUCCUACGCCCUGCAGGUCACUGCGUCUCUUAACUGGUUGGUGAGAAUGUCGUCGGAGUUGGAGACCAACAUCGUAGCCGUAGAAAAAGUGAAGGAGUACGAAGAAACGGAGAAAGAGGCGGAGUGGAGACUGGAGAAAAGCUCCGUUCCUGCCGGAUGGCCCACCAGCGGCCACAUCGAGAUCCGGAAUUUUGGCCUGAGGUACCGACAGGACCUGGAACUGGCCGUCCGUGACAUCGACGUGACCAUCGAGGGAGGAGAGAAGGUGGGAAUCGUGGGCCGGACCGGAGCAGGGAAGUCGUCUCUAACCCUCGGAUUGUUCCGGAUCAUCGAGGCGGCUCAGGGAGAGAUCUCUAUUGAUGGAGUGAACAUCGCUGAGCUUGGCCUUCAUGAACUGCGCUCUCGCAUCACUAUCAUCCCACAGGACCCGGUUCUGUUCUCCGGGUCUCUGCGCAUGAACCUGGACCCGUUCGACGGUUACUCUGAUGAUGAGGUGUGGAAAGCUCUGGAACUCGCUCAUCUCAAAACCUUCGUGUCGGGACUUCAGGAGAAACUGAACCACGAGUGUUCCGAGGGAGGAGAGAACCUCAGUCUGGGUCAGAGGCAGCUGGUGUGUUUGGCUCGAGCUCUCCUCAGGAAGACGAAGAUUUUGGUUCUGGAUGAAGCCACAGCAGCCGUGGACGUGGAGACGGACGAACUGAUCCAGUCCACCAUCCGCACACAGUUCGAGGAGUGUACAGUGCUGACCAUCGCUCACCGCCUCAACACCAUCAUGGACUAUACACGGGUGCUGGUUCUAGAUAAAGGCCAGCUGGUGGAGUUUGAUUCUCCAUCCAGUCUCAUCGCAAAGAGAGGGAUCUUCUACAGGAUGGCCAAAGAUUCGGGUUUGGUCUGAUUUUUAUACAGAAAAGAAAAAAGAAGCAGUAGUCUUUCUGGCAUGAUCACUCCGGAAUCCACAAGCUAGAACACAACAGUUACUCCAGAAACCACAGCCUAGACCACGACAGUCACUCCCGAAUCCACGGUCUAGACCACGACAGUCACUCCAGAAACCACGGUCUAGACCACUACAGUCAGUCCAGAACACAACAGUCACUCCAGAAACCACGGCCUAGACCACGACAGUCACUCCAGAACACAACAGUCACUCCAGAAACCACAGCCUAGACCACGACAGGCAUUCCGGAAUCCACAGCCUAGACCACGACAGUCACUCCAGAAACCACGGUCUAGACCACGACAGUCACUCCAGAAACCACAGCCUAGACUACGACAGUCACUCCAGAACACAACAGUCACUCCAGAAACCACAGCCUAGACCACGACAGUCACUCCAGAAACCACGGUCUAGACCACGACAGUCACUCCAGAAGAAACCACGGUCUAGACCACGACAGUCACUCCCGAAUCCACGGUCUAGACCACGACAGUCACUCCCGAAUCCACGGCCUAGACCACGACAGUCACUCCCGAAUCCACGGUCUAGACCACGACAGUCACUCCCGAAUCCACGGUCUAGACCACGACAGUCACUCCCGAAUCCACGGUCUAGACCACGACAGUCACUCCCGAAUCCACGGUCUAGACCACGACAGUCACUCCCGAAUCCACGGUCUAGACCACGACAGUCACUCCCGAAUCCACGGCCUAGACCACGACAGUCACUCCCGAAUCCACGGCCUAGACCACGACAGUCACUCCCGAAUCCACGGCCUAGACCACGACAGUCACUCCGGAAACCACGGCCUAGACCACGACAGUCACUCCGGAAACCACGGCCUAGACCACGACAGUCACUCCCGAAUCCACCGUCUAGACCACGACAGUCACUCCGGAAACCACGGCCUAGACCACGACAGUCACUCCGGAAACCACGGCCUAGACCACGACAGUCACUCCGGAAACCACGGCCUAGACCACGACAGUCACUCCGGAAACCACGGCCUAGACCACGACAGUCACUCCCGAAUCCACGGCCUAGACCACGACAGUCACUCCCGAAUCCACCGUCUAGACCACGGCCUAGACCACGACAGUCACUCCCGAAUCCACCGUCUAGACCACGACAGUCACUCCCGAAUCCACCGUCUAGACCACGACAGGCAUUCCGGAAUCCACCGUCUAGACCACGACAGUCACUCCCGAAUCCACCGUCUAGACCACGACAGGCAUUCCGGAAUCCACCGUCUAGACCACGACAGUCACUCCCGAAUCCACCGUCUAGACCACGACAGGCAUUCCAGAAACCACGGUCUAGACCAUGACAGGCAUUCCGGAAUCCACCGUCUAGACCAUGACAGGCAUUCCGGAAUCCACCGUCUAGACCACGACAGUCACUCCGGAAUGUCAUCGUCCAUUCUAGAACACCGCUCUCACUCCGGAAUUAACCGUCCAUCGUAGAACACAGCUUUUGCUUCUGGAAUCCACCGACUGUUCUAGAACCCAGCCGUCACUCCGUAAUCCAGACUUGGAACACCGCUCUCAUGCCAGAAUUAACCGUCCUUCCUAGGACACGGUUGUGGGCGGAGCCUGUGGACAGAUGAUCUUUAACGAGCACUUUCUUCUCCUGCUGCUGGACGAGCUGAUACUGUAGUUUAUCGCCAUUGGUUAAGAGAAAAGCUCGACUUUUGCGCACCAAAAACGUUGUUAUAUUUAAUGAGAUUUUAUUUUUUAAGUGGGAAAAAAAGAAAAAAAAGAGAGAAGUUUAGUUUAGUUUAUAAAUCACCGUUUCUGGACGUUUCUGUUCUCCGCUGGCGUGUCAGGGUCUUUAAAGCGAGAUGUAUUAAAGGCUUUUAGUACAGUCCGAUCAAGCCUUGGAACAAAACAAGGCCUUCUCUCAGUCCAGUGACAUGUGGGCUGGAAUCCCUGAAUAACACACACACACACACACACACACACACACACACACACACACACACACACACACACACACACUUUGGAGCAGGUAAAGCAGUCGAAGCCUCCAUUAUUUAAAAAAUAAAUCUGACCUUUUUGGAGAAAACUACAAAAAGACAGGAAAUGAUCCGUGGUGUGUUCCAUUACAGCCGCGUUCACACCAGCGAGCUCGGUUUUUAUUUUAAAUCCGUAACGUUAAUGCAAUAACGCGACGAUCCAGAUUUAUUCUUUUCCUCAGAGCGAAAUAUAACAAAAUAAAAUAAAAAAGGUACUUCAAUAAUAACAUGCUCUCAUCAAAAAAAAGAAAACCUCCUAUUUGUUAUUGGAACUUACAGACCACGCCCACAAGAGACGACAUCCACCGUCGUUCCACACCCCCAGGAGACGGACCCGCUGCACGGCCGCUCGUCCUGCUCGCUAGUGUGAAUGCACGCUAACGUAUUAAAAAAAAAAAAAAAAAUUAGAGGCUUCACGCAAUCCUAUCCCCAAAAACGAUACGACCCCCCCCCCCCCCCCCCCCCGCCGUUUUCUACGAUAUUUCAUUUCGAUAGAUGACGCCAUUAGCGCAUGUCUACACCGCUGGAUCUGGCUGCGUACUUCAUGUACGGGGUCGUAAUCAUCCGCUUAAACUUGCCCUCUUCGAUACGUCCCAUCAAAUCUCCUUUUUUUUUUUUUUUUUUUUUUUUUUUUUUUUUUUAAAUCUUUUUUGGAAAAAAAAAAGUUCACUCAGGUCAAAUACAGCUUUGUACUUUUUUUUGUUAAAAGCCGCUGGAGAAAAAUAUAACCAUCGUAAUGAAUGUAAACUCCGUCUUUUCAUUUUCAUAUCGUUACAUCAUCAGCCAGUCACAAUCAGAUCACCCCCGAAACCCCGCCCCCAGCGUAUCCAUGACGCUGCUGAGGUGAAAUGGUGCUUGUGUACGGAAUAAACCACUCUGUUCUAGGAAAAAAACAGCACUCGGCCUGUGAUCAUUUCCCUCGAACAGCACACCCUGGAGUCUUUUAUUCCUCCUGUACAACAGCAGCUUUUAUCCGUUUCUAGUCACGUUCAGCGUAGAAUGUCUGCGAAACACGUGACCCGUCCGCUAUAAACGCUCGGGGGGGACGGAAGCAGAAAACGCAAAGCCAAAAAUGUCCGUUACAGCUUUUACCUCCGACCGUCACGGAGCGCCGAUACUGGAGACUCCUUCCGUGACCGUUAAAUAAACGCCCCCUUAACAGAAAACGUCAACCGCGUUUGAACGACCAGACGUACGUGUCCCUCUGGAUGAGCUGUUACUAUAGUAAUGAUGAUCACGUGUUCGAGCGUGCUGCCGUUAUAGAAAACGCUUCGACGCCGUCUCGCGUCGUGUAACCUCGCACGUCGCGGGACGUCACGCUCGACACUUGUGACGGGGGAGGAGACGUCGGCUAACCGUACGUCCGUGCCACGACGCCCAUGGCCGACUCCGGUACAUCUUUUACUCGUCGUCCGGAGACUGUUAAUGUCGAAUACUAUUAAUCGUCUUCGUGUCUCGGUUUCCGUCGCCGCAGCGAGCGAAUUCACUCGCUUUAUCAGACGACAGUUAAUCACGCCGUGGUCAACAAACGCGUCUCGAGAAGCGUGAUCUAUUAAAACGUGGCUUUGCCUUACGGAAAAACAGCCAUCGGGUCCCUCAGCGUCGCUUCAUGUUGGAUAGAAGGAUUCGUGCGUUAACGAUUUAGUCGCCAUGUUUAAGAUGUUGUGCUUCUGUUUAUAUAUAUUUCUUUUCUCUAUUUAUUUAUUUAAUGCUGCUUCCUUUUCAUAUAUACAACAAAGAUUUAUUUUCCUUCUAAUAGUGAAGUCUGAAUUGUUAGAACAUGCGCGUGUGUGUGUGUGUGUGUGUGUGUGUGUGUGUGUGUGUGUGUGUGUGUGUGUGUGUGUGUGUGUGUGUGUAAUUAUCACAAUCUCCAGGUAUUUAUUUUAAGUAUAUUUUUACCUGCUGAUUUUUUUUUAAGUGUGUGUGUGUGUGUGUGUGUGUGUGUGUGUGUGACACUGCACGUACCAAACGCGUCCUCAUAUGGUCAGUCUGGAGUUUGUUACCAAACAUUUUUGCAUUUCAAGUGUAUAAUGUAAACGUGCUAAUUUCUAUAUUGUUACGUCUGUUGCGUAUGUACGCGUGUUGUUGUUGUUGUUGUUGUUGUUGUUGUUGUUGGUCAUAUCCACGCACUAGUUCUGAAAUGCGCUUCCUUUCAUGAAACAAAAUGUAGAGUUUGAGCAAAUCAAAUAAAAUAGUUUUCUAAG